GUCUCUCUCACCACACUACCCACACAACAAACAAACGAAAACUCCUCUUCCUUCCCACUUCCCUUCGUUUUCCAAUUCCCCUCCUCCACCGCCAACGGCCGCCGGCGCCGCUGCAUUCUCCCCGUCGCCACCACCUCCUCCACCACCACAACCAUUCCUUUUGCAUUCUUUCCAAAUUACAGCCUUCUCUCCUUUCCUUUUCAUCAAUUCAGUCAUUUAAACUUCUGCCUUCUAUAACUUCCAAAAAAAAAAAAAAACUGCCAUAAAUAAGCCAAACAGAAUCACAAAAAGAGACGCCAGAAAGCGAAGAGGAAGAAGCAGAAGAGAAACGCAGCUUUCCCUCUCUCUCUCUCUCUCUCUCUCCGUCCCUUUCCUUCGACUCUCUCGCUCUCAAUUCGUCGCUAAACGUCACUGGCCAUUCUCCCCCGCGCUCGCGAUCGCUCGGCAUUUCGCUGAAUCCGAACGGAAUCGAUCGAGGAGAGGAAUUUCGACCAUGGCGGCUGUGCCUGCAGCGACGGUUCCGACGACGGCGCUGUACGUCGGGGACCUGCACCCCGCCGUCGACGAGGACCAGCUGAAGGCCGCGUUCUCCGAAUUCGAGAGCGUCGCGUCCGUGCGCGUGUGCCGGGACUCCACCAACGGGAGGUCUCUCAGCUACGGUUACGUCAACUUCAUCUCUCCGCAAGACGCUAUGGAAGCCCUCGAAGUGAUGAACCACACUCCACUGAAUGGGAAAGCGAUGAGGAUUAUGUGGUCAUCCCGCGAUCCUGAUGCUAGAAAGAGUGGAGUGGGAAAUGUGUUUGUCAAGAACUUGAGUGAAUCUGUCACUAGUGCUGCACUGCAAGAGCUGUUUGCUCAGUACGGAAAUGUUGUGUCUUGCAAAGUUGCGACGACUGAUGAUGGAAAGACUAAAGGCCAUGGCUUUGUUCAAUUUGAUAACGAGGAAUCUGCUCAUUCUGCUAUUGAAAAGCUCAAUGACACCUUGUUUCAUGAUAAGCAGAUUUAUGUCGCGAAGUUCAUUAAGAAAUGCGAUCGAGCUUUGGCCAGCCCUGAUGCUAAAUACACUAAUCUGUAUGUCAAGAACUUGGAGCUAGAUGUCACAGAAGAGGUUCUACGUGAGAAAUUCUCCAAGUAUGGCACAGUGUCUAGCUUGGUAAUUGCUAGGGAUGACAAUGGAUCAUCUAGGGGUUUUGGUUUUGUGAAUUUUGAUAACCCAGAUGAUGCCAGGAGUGCUUUGGAAGCGAUGCAUGGGAUUGCACUUGGAUCAAAGAUCCUGUAUGUAGGAAGGGCACAGAAAAAAGCUGAGAGGGAGCAGAUUCUGCGUCGUCAGUUUGAAGAGAAACGCAAGGAGCAGAUAUUGAAAUACAAGGGUUCAAAUGUGUAUGUUAAGAACAUAGACGAUGAUGUCACUGAUGAAGAACUGAGAGAGCACUUCAGCCAAUGUGGCACAAUCACUUCCGCAAAGCUUAUGAGAGAUGAGAAAGGAGUGAGUAAGGGAUUUGGCUUUGUCUGCUUCUCCACUCCUGAGGAGGCAAACAAAGCGGUGAAUACAUUUCAAGGGUGCAUGUUUCACCGAAAGCCAUUGUAUGUAGCUAUUGCUCAAAGGAAGGAGGAUAGACAAAUACAAUUACAGAUGCAGUAUGCACAACGCAUGGUUGGGCUACCUGGACCUUCUACUGCUGUCAUGCCUGGUGGAUAUCAUCCGCUUUACUAUACUGCUCCACCCGGGCUCGUUUCACAAGUCCCUCCAAGGCCUGGACUUAUGUACCAGCCUAUGGGUAUUAGGCCUGGAUGGAGGCCUAAUGCCUUUGUUCCUCCAACCAGACCAACUUAUCAACCAGGCCAGCUUCCCAUGAUGCCUAAUGCUCAAAGGCAGCCAAGGCAAAACAGGGUUAGGAUGAAUGGUAACAUGCUUCCUCCUCAAGGCAUUGCCAACUCUGCUUCCUAUUUGCAACCUGGGUCUCCACCUCUGCCUUCACAGAAAGAUCAAAACAACCAGCGGGCUGCCCCAGUAAAGUACGUCCCAAAUGGUCGCUCACGCGAAUCAAGCAAGUCUCCUGGAGUCUCGUCGGCUGCUCCAAACUCUUCUGGGCCUGCGUCACAAGGAUCAGAAAUGCUGAGCACCAUGCUUGCUUCUUCUACCCCUGAGGAGCAGAAGCAGAUUCUAGGAGAGCAUCUUUACCCUCUUGUCCAGAAGCACAAGCCUGAUCUCGUGGCAAAGAUCACCGGAAUGCUGCUGGAGAUGGACAAUGCGGAGCUGCUUCUGUUGCUGGAAUCUCCGGAAUCUCUGGCCGCCAAGGUGGAGGAAGCUGUGCAGGUGCUCAAGCUGUCCAAGAACAAAGUCUCCGGCGGUGGCCAGGAUAACAUGCAUUCCGGCUACCAUCUCUCCGCCGAGGUUGCUGUCAACUGAUACAAAAGAAGAUGACCUUUACUCUGCCAAUAUACUCUGGUGAGGAUAUAGAGCACCAAAGUUUUGAUACUCAGGCGCCUAGUGGAUCCGCGAAAUCUUUCCCUUUUCUUUUUUGUGUCUUCUUCAAGUUCUGGAUUUACCUUAGUGAGGGGAGACUUCAGGUUUUUUACCAUUUUCUGUUUGCUGGAUUUUUGGUACAUUGGUAGCUUUCUUUGAUUAGUUCUCUGGAGACAGAACUCUUUUAUUUUUUUCAGUAAUAGCAUGGACGAGGAUUUUGGACAACUUCUGCAAUUUUCUUUUCCAUUUAUUUUAGUUUUUAUACUUGGUCUGGCUGCUUAUGGGUUUUCCUUAUUUUUUCCCCAAGUGUAGGUAAUAAUAGGUUACUG